GUUGCCAACCACCUCCUGGCCUUCGCUGAGGUCUCUCCGGCUCUCCUGGCCCACGUGGUGAACCUGGCAGAUGGGAACGGCAACACAGCCCUGCACUACAGCGUCUCCCACUCCAACUUCCGCAUCGUGCAGCUGCUGCUGGACACGGGGGUCUGUAAUGUGGACCACCAGAACAAAGCCGGCUACACAGCUCUCAUGCUGGCAGCGCUGGCGGCCGUCGAGCAGGAAGAUGACAUGAACGUGGUCAGGAGGCUCUUCAGCAUGGGCAACGUCAACGCCAAGGCCAGCCAGGCUGGCCGGACCGCGUCGAUGCGCCACGGCCGGCAGGAGAUGGUGGAAGCCCUGCUCACCUGCGGAGCCGACGUGAACCUGCAGGAUGAGGAGGGCUCGACUGCGCUGAUGUGCGCCUGCGAGCAUGGCCGCGUGGAGACGGUGAAGCUGCUGCUGGCUCAGCCCACCUGCAACAUCUCCAUCGUGGACAGCGAUGGUAACAACGCCGUCGCCAUCGCGCUGGAGGCAGGCCACAGCAACAUCGCCGUGCUCCUCUACGCCCACCUCAACGGCACAAAGACGCAGCUGCCC